UACUCUGAUUGCCUCAGUGGCAGUGAAGAUGCCAGUCAGAUAAUGUUUCGCGAACAAUAACGUCCGUUUAAAAUAAGUUAUUUUUUUAUAAUUAAUUAGUAUUAGUGUGUGUAUAUAGUGAAAAUGACAGUCAAGACUAACAGGGUGCCUUUUGAGGAGGCGCUGAACAUGACAGGGUUCAGUCGCUACAACCUGUACACCUUCAUGCUCAGUUCCAGCAUCAUCAUCGGCAUGACCUUCGAGAUCUUCUCCGUCUCCUACCUGGUACCAGCCAGUGCCUGCGAGCUGAACACCAGCAGCACACAGCAAGGCCUCGUGGCUUGCGUGCCUUUGAUCGGUACAAUCGCCAUGUCCCAUGUCUGGGGUUACCUGGCAGACACGAGGGGCAGACGGAAGAUCCUCAUAGUAUCGAUGACGAUCACCUACAUUGCUGGGACCUUGGCCGCCUUCUCGCCCAACUGGAUAGUUUUAGGCUUCCUGAAACUUCUGUCAUCAGCUUCUGUAUCUGGUUCCUACGCGUUGGCUGUGACGCUGCUCAGCGAGUGUACUCCCAUGGCUCGAAGAAGUUCCCUCGUCUUGCUGACCACCACCGUGCACUUGGCAUCUAUGGGAAUUAUGGCAGUGAUAGCAAUACCGGUUCUCCCACUGGCCUUCUCCUACCACAUUCCAUUCUUGGAUAUCCAGUUCAACUCCUGGCGGCUUCUGGACCUGAUCUUCGCGGUGCCUAGUGCCCUCAGCAUCAUUGGAAGUUUCUUUGCCUAUGAGAGUCCGAAAUACUUGGCCAGUGUUGGCCGGCAAGAAGACGCUUUGGCAGUUUUAAAAGGAAUUUACACCAUGAAUACUGGAAAAAGCGCGGACAAUUAUAAGGUGGAUGCUCUAGAAUUGGAUGAAGAACAAUCAUCAGCUCUUCACAAAGGUUUCUGGGGAUCCAUAGUGGCGCAGACAGUGCCAAUGGUCAAGCCGCCGUUACUGAAGCAUACUGUUCUACUCUCAUUCUUGUUCGUCAUCACUUAUAUCACAAUGAACGCCUUCUUCGUGUGGUUACCUUUCAUAGUGAACGCAUUCAUGACGUCAGUGGUGGCUGGGCAGAAGGACCUCACCAUCUGUGAGAUGAUCAGACUCACACACUCACUCAACUCCACAUCGACAGUCCAGCCACAAGACUGUUCGAUGAACACGGAAGCAAUGUCCCUGGUCUUCGGCAUCACCAUGUUCCUGGCUGUCGGUAACCUCUUCAUGAGCAGCAUCAUCAAUUGCAUCGGUAGGAAGCGACUGGUCAUCGGCAUACAGAUGGUAGCUGGCCUAUCAGCCCUGCUCCUCAACUUCAGUCCCUACUGGAUCCUGAGUGCCAUCAUGUUCAUGAUAUUCUUGUCUGCCAUCUUUAAUUUCGGCUUCAUGAACACGUACAGCGUCGAUGUAUUCCCCACUUAUGUCAAAGCUAUGGCAGUGUGCCUCACCCUGAUGGUAGGUCGUGCUAGCGCUGUGAUUGGUAUCAACGUGCUCAAACGGCUGCUGGAUAAUAACUGUGAAGCCGCCUUCUACAUCUAUGGAUCCAUUGCUUUUGGUGGUGGCAUAGUCGCCUUCCUUCUGCCUUCUGAUGAGAAGAUAAAAUCACAGAAGAAACCUUUACAAACUUGAUUUUCUUAGUAUUAAUACAAUAUAAUGAGUAUUUGCCAUUUGUAUGAGAUUCAAUGUUUCUUUCGUCUUAAGAUUGCUAUCAACAUUUCUUAAGGCGCUUCUUUAAUAGUACAAAUAUUUUCUUUCAUGUUUUUUAGUAAAUUUGUUUUUGAUAAUUUUGAUAUUGUUAUGUUAAAUCAACAUUAUUGCAGGUUAGGUUAUUUAUUUAUUAAUCACAUUGAACUAUGAGCUGUGACUGUGUGUAACUGUAGAUAUAUUUUGUAGUUUUUAAAGAGUUAAAAUAAAACUUGAGUAUUAUUAA